CUUUAAAACCCAAAUCCCCAACUGGGUUUUUUGGCUUACUUUGCUUCUGCCCCUCAAUCAUGGCUUCAGGGGACGCCUGGGAUUUCCAAAAAGCGUUUGACCUAUACUUGUACGAUUACUUGGUGAAGAAGAACAGGCGGAAGACGGCUGCAAUUUUCAAAGCAGAAGCCAAUGUUGACAAACCUGUCUUGAUUGAUACUCCCAUGGGGUUCUUACAUGAAUGGUGGUCCAUAUUUUAUGAUGUAUAUGUAUCUAGGCAACCCAUGCAGCAGGAGGCUAAUGCAGAAGAAGCCUCCAUUAAGGCUGUUAGAAUGACAGAGAAUCCACUGCAAAGUGUCCACCCAAUAGAUCCACAACUGAUGAGAAACCAGCCAAGGUCUGGACAGGUUCCUAUAAAUUUUGACUUAAAAAUGAUGUUGGGGCAACCAGCUGCUUGUCUCUUGGCUGCAAAACAAUAUGAGGAAAAGCAACUCAGGCAGGCCACUCGAAAUUUUGAUCCCAGUUCACAGUUAAUUGAUACUAACAAACUGACUGUUUCAAAGUCAGUUCCCGCAAAUUCAAGCCAUUUGCAACGAGAGAUAUGUAAUGUGGAUCAAGGGCAUGGUGUGAGGGAUUGCAGUUAUGGAAUUAGCUUAGAAAGAAAUACACUUUUAGACCCUACCCUCUUUGGUUCCCAAAGAUCCAUACUUCCGUUUACUGGGCCUAUUGCUGCAGAAAUAAAUGAAGGAAUCAAUCAAGUAACACUAACAGGAUGUACUUUACAGCCUUCAAAUUAUCAGCAACAGCUUCAGAUAUCAACCACAAAGCACCAAUCAACAUCAUCAGCUAAAGGAAUGUCAUCCAUGCUUGGGAACGUGGCAUCUAUUUUCUCUGGAAGCUCUGCUGAGUUCAAUCAUCGCAGUUCAAAUCUUCCAGAAGGUGAACUAAGUAGGAAGAAUACACAGAAGGCAGUCCCUAUGACACAAACUGCAAAACGCCAAAACCAACUUGAUGAGGCACAACAUUAUGAGGAUGGCAAAAGAAAAAAGAAACUAGAAACUUUAAGAAUUGAAGACAAGACUAAGGAUUGUGCCCAAGCUGGGGAAAAUAGAACUGUUGAUGAAAAUGUUGACUCUUUUCUGUCUCAUGAGCAUGAACAUGUCAAUAGUACAAGCACUCCUUUUAGCAAGUUAAUACGUCAUUCUAGAUCUGGCAAUAAAAAUGAACAUAAAGGCUUCUCUUUUGAAGAGAUUGGUUGUCUCCAUUCAAGCAAAAGUAAGAUUUUGUGCUGCCAUUUUUCAUCAGAUGGGAAGUUAUUAGCUAGUGCUGGGCAUGAAAAGAAGGUCUUUGUUUGGGAUAUGGAAAAUUUUUGUUCUUUUAGGAGUUCAGAUGGACAUGGUCUUCUCAUUACAGAUGUCCGAUUUAGACCAUAUUCAACUAUAUUUGCAACUUCUUCCUUUGACAAAACUGUGAAGAUAUGGGAUGCAGCCAGGCCAAACAAAUCACUCUUCCAGCUCUUAGGGCAUGCUGAGCAGGUGAUGUCAUUGGAUUUCCACCCUAGGAAGACAGAUCUCCUGUGCUCAUGUGAUGGUAAUGACGAGAUCCGUUUGUGGAAUGUCAACCAAUGCUCUUGCCUGCACGUUUCUAAGGGAGCUACAAAGCAAGUUAGAUUCCAGCCACAACUGGGGAAAUUAAUUGCAACUGCAACAGGAAAAGGUGUGAAUGUAAUUGAUGUUGAGACCAACAGCCUGCAAUUCUGCUUCAAGGAACAUAGCAAAGAAGUUCUUUCAAUUUGCUGGGACUCAAAUGGGAAAUACAUUGCCUCCAUCAGUGAAGACAGUGCACAAGUGUGGUCUGUGUCUGAUAGAAAAUGCUUGCAUAAACUGCAAUCUAAUGGCAACAAGUUCCAAUCAUGCAUAUUCCAUCCUGGAUACUCACAACUGUUAGUCAUUGGUGGCUACCAGUCUCUUGAAUUCUGGAAUCCAAUUGAGAGCAACAAAACCUGGGCAGUUGAAGCACACAAUGGACUAAUAUCAGCAUUGGCGGAUUCUGUCAACACUGGAAUGAUUGCCUCAGCAAGCCAUGACCAGUGUGUGAAGGUAUGGAAAUAAGAUCCCCCCCCUCAUAGCAAAUUUGUGCCUCUGCCUGCACUGGCAGCCGGCACACACUGGAGAUUUUUGUCUGUUGGAUAACUACAUCAAUGGCUACGAUGGAACAAAUUUCAUGGCUGAAUAUGCAGCAGUUAACAUAGCAAGAGGUAAACAGGGAUAGCUAUUUGUACUCUCCGUCAAGGAUACAGACUGAACAGUUAACAUGGAAAAAGAAAGAAGAUAUCAUGUACAGCAUAAAUUGUGCUCUCUAAGUUUCUAUUUCCUUUUUCUGAAUUAAAAAAAAAAAAAUUUA